GGGAAUGAUCUGCACUGGCUGGCAUGUGCCUUGUACGUGGCUUGCAGAAAAGCAGUUCCAACUGUGAGCAGAGGGACGGCUGAGGGAAAUUACGUGUCUUUAACCAGAAUUCUGCGCUGUUCAGAACAAAGCUUGAUCGAGUUUUUUAACAAGAUGAAGAAGUGGGAAGACAUGGCAAAUUUACCCUCCCAAUUCAGAGAACGAACUGAGAGAUUAGAGAGAAACUUUACAGUUUCUGCAGUAAUUUUUAAGAAGUAUGAGCCCAUUUUUCAGGACAUUUUCCGAUAUCCUCAAGAGGAUCAACCUCGUCAGCAGAGAGGAAGAAAACAGAGACGACACCCGUGUACCGUGAGCGAAGUUUUCCAGUUUUGUUGGGUGCUGUUUGUUCAUGCAAAAGGUCUACCUGAAGACUUUCAUAGUAAGGAUUAUAAAGUAUCACCUGAUCCCCCCUGCAUCAUUGAGAAACUCUGUUCGUUACAUUAUGGAUUAGUUUUAGAAGCGAAGGGUAUAAAGGAACAUUUUUGGAAGCCAUAUAUUCGGAAGCUUUUUGACAAGAAGCUUUUAAAAGGAAAAGAUGAAAAUCUGACUGGAUUUCUAGAUCCUGGGAACUUCGGAGAUAGCUUCAAAGCCAUCAACAAGGCCUACGAGGAGUAUGUUUUGUCAGUAGGAAAUCUUGAUGAGCGAAUAUUUCUCGGGGAGGAUGCAGAUGAAGAAAUUGGAACUCUUGCAAGGUGCUUGAAUACAACUUCAGGAAUGGAAACAGCCGAAAGAGUGCAAGUGAAACAUAACUUGCAGCAGCACUUUGACAAGUCCAAAUCACUUAGGAUUACAACCCCGCUUACUGGCCGCAAGUACAUUAAAGAGAGCAACCCGUAUGUGACACCCGUUUCCAUAGCAACAUACAGCUUGAGCCGCCUUCAUACGAUGCUGGCAGGGCUCAAAAAUGCCCCCAGUGAAAACCUGGAGCAAAUACUCAGGACAUGUUCCAGAGAUCCUUCUCAAUCUAUUGCAAACAGAGUAAAAGAAAUGCAUGAAGCGUAUUGCCAGAGCGUGCAGUCUGAAGGAGAAUUCAGUAAUUUUUCCAAAGAUGUUGCUAGUAAGCAUUUUCGUCAUGCUGAGGUGCUGUACUACAAGGUCUUAGAGUCAGUCAUUGAGCAAGAGAAGAGGAGACUGGGAGACACUGACUUGUCUGCGAUACUGGAGCAAGACGUGUUUCACAGAUCUCUGCUGGCGUGUUGCCUUGAGAUAAUUACCUUCACAUACAAACCACCUGGAAACUUCCCUUGUAUCACUGAAAUAUUUGACAUUCCAGUUUAUCAUUUUUAUAAGGUAAUCGAGGUUUUCAUUAGAGCAGAGGAUGGCCUGUGUCGGGAAGUAGUAAAACACCUGAACCAUAUUGAAGAGCAGAUCUUGGAAAGCAUGGCAUGGAAACAAGAGUCCAUCCUGUGGGACAGAAUCAGAGAGAAUGAAAACAAAGUUCCUAGCUGUGAAGAG